CGCUCAAAUGUGGAGGAGCGGGCGUCUGAAUUAUCCUCAAAUAACCAGCAGUGGAAACUGCAUUACACACUGACAGGUGUGGCCAACCAGUGAACACAUUUAAAAGCCCAAAGGCCUCUCUAUGGUUCCUAGUCACUCUCUGAUCAUGGGGAACGGUUCGAUCAAAGCCCCUCGGCUAGAGGAGACCUGCCUGGCCUCCGGUAUAAAAGAGGCUCCUUUAUGGGAGUCUGUGGAGCCCCUGAAGAUGAGGAUCACCCAUCUGGAAGAGGAGCUGGCACGGAGGGACCAGGAGCUCCGUGCGCAGGAGAAGCGCUUACAGAGCCUUCAAAGGGAACUAGAGGCAAAAGUGUCCCAGAUCGAUAAGCUCCAGGAUGCCAUCGGGUAUAACAGUCUCGGACGCUCGCCGCCUGCACCGCUGAGGCACAGCCGCAGACUGCUUAGCGUCAUCAACCAGGGCUCCACGCGCUUCCACAGAGUGGCUGUGGAGGUGCAUCGACGCCUUAAGGCCAAGGAGGGCGUUUCAGCCGAACCCACAUCGAGGCACUUCUGUCAUGACCACAGGGUCCAUCACAUCUCCACAGAGAGACAACACAUCCGCAAAGACUCCGGCACUAAGAAACUGAUCAAUGAAGCCAUCAUGAACAAUGACUUUCUGAAGAAGCUGGAGCCUCAGCACACUCGAGAGAUGGUGGACUGCAUGUACGAGAAAAUCUACGCUGCUGAGCAGCUGGUUAUUCAGGAGGGAGAGCCGGGGAACUACCUCUACGUGCUUGCUGAGGGUUUAUUAGAGGUCAUCCAAAAUGAAAAGCUCCUGGGUCAGAUGCGUCCUGGGACGGCUUUUGGAGAGUUGGCCAUUCUCUAUAACUGUAAAAGAACAGCCACAGUCAAAGCUGUGACUCAGUCCCACAUCUGGGCUCUGGACCGGCAAACGUUCCAGACUAUCAUGAUGAGAUCCACUCAGGCCAGACAUGAGGAGUACUUCAGCUUCCUGCGCAGUGUGUCGUUAUUGAAAGAUUUGCCAGAGGAGAAACUUGCCAAAAUCAUUGACUGUCUUGAAGUUGAAUAUUUUGACAAAGGGGAGUACAUUAUUCGUGAGGGCGAGGAAGGGAAUACUUUCUUCAUCAUAGCUAAAGGAGAGGUGUUGGUAACACAGACUACAGAAGGCUUUUCCGAACCACAAGAGAUUAAGACUCUUGGUGUGGGUGAUUACUUUGGGGAAAAGGCUCUCAUAAGUGAGGAUGUCCGCUCAGCUAAUAUCAUUGCAAAUGAAAAUGACACACAGUGCUUGGUGGUGGAUAGAGAUAACUUUAAUCAGAUGGUGGGAACGUACGAGGAGCUGCAGGCAUAUCUGAGGGAGUAUGUGGAGCAGCUUUCUCUGAGUGACGAGAGGAGGAACGCAGUACCUCAGUCGCCUCUUUACGAACGCUCUCCAGAGGCAGCAGAGCUCAGGAGACUGAAGGAGAAAGCAGCUGGAGAAGUGCUAAAGGGACACUCUGUUUCUCAGAAUGCAAAUAAUCGAGUGUGUCAGGCUGUCCUUGUGUGUUUCAGGUUGUUCCGCACAUUCCGGGAUGAUAAGUAUGUUUACAUGCUGCUUGAGGUUUGCCUGGGAGGAGAGCUGUGGAGCGUGUUGAGGGACAUGAGUUGUUUUGAUGAGCCCACUGCGCGCUUCUGUACUGGAUGUGUGCUGGAAGCUUUUGAUUACCUGCACGGCAAAGGCAUCGUGUACCGAGACCUGAAGCCGGAGAAUCUUCUUCUGGAUGGGGAAGGCUAUGUCAAAAUGACUGAUUUUGGCUUUGCCAAAAAGAUCGGACUAGGUAAGAAGACUUGGACGUUCUGUGGCACUCCUGAAUAUGUGGCUCCUGAGGUCAUCAUGAAUAAGGGUCAUGACUUUGGAGCUGACUGCUGGUCCUUGGGCAUCCUCAUCUUUGAGCUCCUGAUUGGCAGCCCUCCAUUCACAGGUUCUGAUCCAAUCAGGAUCUACACCAUGGUUCUUCACGGGAUAGAGAAGGUGGACUUUCCCAAGAGGAUCAGCAAGCGUCCAGAGGAUCUCAUACGGAGACUUUGCAAGCUCAAUCCAGCAGAACGGCUUGGGAAUAAAAAGAAUGGCAUCAUUGACAUCAAGAAACACAAGUGGUUUCAAGGCUUUAACUGGGAAGGACUGAGACGGCGGAAGCUGACGUCUCCUCUGAGGAGAGAGCUCAAAGGACCUCUGGAUCACAGUCAUUUCGACAUGUUUCCCCCUGAGCUUGAAGAACCCUCAGAUGAAUUCUCUGGCUGGGAUAAAGAUUUCUGAAAAUGAGCUGUUUCUAAGAAGAAGCUGUUUUCUCAAGGAAGACCUGAUAUGAAGUGAUGGUGGACAGUGUCUGGAGGACAAGUCUCAGUAUUACCUCAGUGUGCUUUCUGAAGCACUGUGCAACUGACUGACUUGUUCAGAUGGACAGGAAUCAGGUUUAAAAG